CUACGCCACUCUAUAUUCAUUUAUGCCUCGCUGAACACUUAAUACCCGACGGUCCCUUCACAACGGUCUCUCACAAAGCACUUGCCAUAGUCAUACAUCGAGUACCUACCAUUCUUCAAUACAAUGGCAAUGCUCGCCUCCAAAUCGCCGUAUCCGGCUGGACACGGGGGAGCAAACAAUUUCUCUUCGUCACAAGCUUCCAAUCUUGGGAACUACCGUGUGCAAGCGAGCGCGGUGAGGGAACAGCCUGGCUUCUUCGCCAGCCCUACGGAGUCGGAAUUCUCAGAGCUUUAUGAUGGACAUGAUUCUGUGAGACACUGGGACGAGGAGCGUGUUGGAGACUGGCUUCAAAAUCUCGGUCUUGGCAAUUAUGCUGAAGCUUUCCGAAGACACAAUAUCAGCGGCGAAGUCCUCAUGGAGAUGGAGACCACGGCACUCAAGGACAUUGGCAUAAAGAAAGUUGGCGACCGCGUUCGAAUUAGCACGCAAAUAAAGCUCUUUCGGAAUAAGGAGUACCAUAAAGCGUCCAAGAAGGUUUCAAAUAGGGAAUCCUUAGUUAUACUCGAAACUGCCGCCUACACUCCUCCCUCGUCUGCCUCUCCUCGACCACUCCAUUCCGCACGCUCCAAUACCAGCACUCGCUCCGACAAACGAAUGUCCCGCCAAAUCAUGGCUUCCGAGCUCAGCAGCUACGCAGCCGGGAACUUUGGGUCCGGCAAACCUUCAUCGCGACCAAGCUCCCCGUUCGUAGACCAAGAACGGAGUCGCCUCAAAUACGGCAUGAAUAGCCCCAAGAAAGACGGCAUCCACGGUCCUACCAGUGGAGGCUCAUCAGGCGGAAGGAUACCAGGUACCUCCACAUACGGUCCCGGCCGAUCAUCAACCACUCCCAACGACACCACUCCACAAACCGCCCGCUUCGCUACCCACGUCCGUGCCAGCCCUAGCAUGGACGGUUCCGUCACCAACAGCAGUAUCCUCCCUGCCGACAAACCCCUCAUCCGAGUCAUUUUCGAAAACGCCAACUCAUCCGUGGUCAGCAUCGAUGGCUGCAAGACUGCCGAGGACAUCAUCCUGAAGAGCUUACGAAAAGGCCAACUCAACGAAGCCCACGUCACCGCACACUGCUUCUACGUCCUGGACGGAAUCGAGCCGAUCCCCUCGCGCUGCCGCCGAUUAAACGAUGCCGAACUCCUGAGCAUAUGUACCGACCGAGCGCGUCUCGAGCGAGGCCGACUCAUCCUCCGGAAGAUCCACAAGGGCAAACCGGAAGACGACCAGCUGCGAGCGGCGGCGAACAUCGCGAGCCAGCAAAUGCAACAACCGCCACAGAAACACGUCAUCAUCCCGAACAGCAAGUCUAGCCAGAUGAAGAUCGAGAAGAUCACCGGGGAGUCCUUGGCGGCCGUAAGCUACCCGCUGUCCCCAACAUCGGCCCGUGAGCGUGAACGACACAUCAAUUCCGCCGCGCAGGACCUGGAGCGAUCGGAUAGCGAGCGGAUGCCACCCGCCGCACGCGUGAGGAAGAUUAAAGAACUGUAUGGCGGCCGGCCACCCAGCGAGCUCAUUGCCUCGGACCUAUCGACGUACUUCCCAGAGUAUCAGAAGGACGAGAUCGACAAGGCCGUGCGCAUGUCCGUCCGGCGGUCGCGCCGGAUCAGCCGUGCGGCCAACCGGUUAAGCACGGUUAGCAAUGUCAGCAUCGCGUCGGGUCUUCGAGAUGCGCCGCCGUUGCCCGCCAUAUCCGAUGCAUAUCUGGGAAUGAAUCAAGCGAGGCCAUUGCGGCCGCUCUCCGUCAUGCGGCUGGGGCUGCCGCACGCCUCCAACUACCGCGACUCCGUAACGUCGUCGGUUCUCGAGCCACUAGACGAGGAGUCCCCCCUGGAACCCAACCGGAAAUCGUAUGUCUCGUUCGCGGGCGACAGCGAAGUAAGCGUGGCGGAUGGGGAAGCCAGCGCGACGAUGCUGAGUUAUUACGACGCGAGUAGUAGCGCCGCGAACAGCAGCAUGUCAGGAUCCGACCCCUGCGACUCUCUCAACAAGCGUCUCUCACAACUCAUUCAAGACGACAGUGAGGGGUCCGACGAGGAGCUCACCGAGUACCUCGAGCAAGACUCGUGGGAGAACGUCAAGUACAUGAAAGGUGCGCUGAUCGGACAAGGCUCGUUCGGGAGCGUCUAUCUCGCGCUCCACGCCGUCACCGGCGAACUCAUGGCCGUGAAGCAAGUCGAGAUGCCGUCGUCCGCCUCCAACAACGCCCUCGACGCCAAGAAGAACAGCAUGGUCGACGCCCUCAAGCACGAAAUUGGCCUUCUCCGCGAACUCAAGCACUCCAACAUUGUGCAAUACCUCGGCUCCAACUCCGACGAAUCCCACCUGAACAUCUUCCUCGAGUAUGUCCCCGGUGGCUCCGUGGCGUCCAUGCUCGUCAACUAUGGUCCCCUCCCAGAGGGCAUGAUCCAGAACUUCGUGCGGCAGAUCCUCCACGGCCUUGCGUACCUGCACAGCAAGGACAUCAUCCACCGCGACAUCAAGGGCGCCAACAUCCUCGUCGACAACAAAGGCUCCGUCAAGAUCUCCGACUUCGGCAUCUCCAAGCGCGUCGAGGCCUCCUCACUCCUCAGCCCCGCCGCCGCGAAGUCCGGCGCCGGCGCCCGCGUCUCGCUGCAGGGCUCCGUCUUCUGGAUGGCGCCCGAGGUCGUGCGGCAGACGUCGUACACCAAGAAGGCGGACAUCUGGAGCCUGGGGUGCUUGCUGGUGGAGAUGUUCUCCGGGAGCCAUCCGCAUCCGAACUGCAGCCAGAUGCAGGCAAUCUUCAAAAUCGGGAGCACACAGGAUUGCAGCCCAACGAUUCCGGACAAUGCCAGCAAGGAGAUGACGGAGUUUUUGCGCAGCACGUUUGUGAUUGAUCACGAGAAGCGGCCGACGGCGGAGGAGUUGUUGGAGAGUGCGUUUUUUGUGAUGAAAAGUUGAGAGGCCUU